AGAAAUUUUUUUGUAACCCAAUAAUAAACUUGUUUAUGAGAAUUUUUUUUCUGUUUUUCGUUUGUUUGAUUCGUUUGACUAAUGUAUAUUGACAACAACAAUUAUGACAUUGGAACCAAAUAAUAGUUACCACCACCACCAUCAUCAUCAUCAUCAAAAACACCAAAAUCAACAUUAUCAUUAUCAUCAUCAUCAUCAGCAACAGCAACAGAUUAGCAAUGGACAUUGUUGUUCAACAAUAAAUCCAGUUGAUUAUUAUUAUCCAUUAUUGCCAUCAUCGUUAAUAGAUUCAAAUUCAUGUGAAUUUGACCGAACACGAUCAUUGAAUGCACCGAAUCAGUGUUGUCAAUUUGGACCAUGUGGAAGUAUUAUGAGAAAUCCUGCUAUGGUCAUGACGAUUCAAGAUCCUGCUAGCCAACAUUUAAUUUGGCAUAAAACACCAGCCAGUGUUUUAGUGAUAAAAAAAAUUCACGAUUCAUUGAUUAUUAAACCAUUUUUAGAUCUAGUUCAAUGGCUAAUUUGGGAAAAAGAUAUGACAGUUUUCAUUGAAACCAGUGUACUUGAAGAUGUUCAUCUGAAAAAUAAUCCAUUAUUUUUAUCAAUAAAAGAUAAGGUUCGAACAUUUCGUGAUGGUACCGAAGAUCUUACAGAUAAAGUAGAUUUUAUUGUAUGUCUUGGUGGUGACGGUACCCUACUAUAUGCAUCGUCAUUAUUUCAGGAAAGCGUUCCACCUGUAAUGGCUUUCCAUAUGGGUUCAUUAGGUUUUCUUACACCAUUCGAAUUUGAUGAUUUUCAACAACAAAUCAAUAAUGUUCUUAAAGGAAAUGCAGCUUUAACAUUACGUAGUCGUCUACGAUGUAAUAUUGUUCGUGAUAGCGACAAUAUUUUCAUGAAUAAUGGUGACGAUAAUAAUAAUAAGAACAAUAUGAUUAAGCCACAAAAUCAUUGUCAUUUAGUAUUAAAUGAAAUGGUCGUUGAUCGUGGACCAUCACCAUAUCUGUCUAAUGUUGAUUUAUAUAUCGAUGGUAAACGUAUCACUACUGUUCAAGGUGAUGGAUUAAUUGUAUCAACACCAACCGGCAGUACAGCAUAUGCUGUUGCAGCUGGUGCCUCGAUGAUUCAUCCAAGUGUACCGGCCAUGAUGAUAACACCAAUCUGUCCACAUUCAUUAUCAUUCCGUCCAAUUGUUGUACCGGCCGGUGUUGAGCUAAAAAUCUGUGUAUCACCUGAUUCACGAAAUUCUGCAUGGGUAUCAUUCGAUGGUCGUAAUAGACAAGAAAUAAAAGUCGGCGAUAGUGUUCGUGUAACAACAUCAAUUUAUCCGGUGCCUUCAAUCUGUGCUGAAGAUCAAAUUAGUGAUUGGUUUGAAUCAUUGGCCGAAUGUUUACAUUGGAAUGUACGACAAAAACAAAAACAAUUUGAUGAAUAUUCUGAUCUAAUACAUAGUUCAUCAAGCAGUGUUAGUUCUUUAGAUAAAUGAUGAACAUUUUUUAUGUUUUGUAAUUUACAAUCUAAUUACGAUCUGCUAUUUUAUUCCACUUACCAUACACACACACACAUACACACUGACACUCGAACAUUUUCAUUUACAAUGAAAUUAUUCACCAAUUAUAAUUCAUCGCUUUAUUUCAAAUAUUAUGCAUUAAAAACAUUGAUGAAUAAAUAUAAUAAUCAUUUA